CUCACAUUUAUGAAGUUGCAGCACAACCUCACAUUUUCAGUUUUAGGUGUGCUCUUUGGUGUUCACCGCACCACUGCAGCCGACAUCUUUAAAGUAAGCGUGACUGUCCUUGCAGCAAUACUGCGCAAAGCAGUAUAUUGGCCUACAAAAGAAGCUGUCAUUGACAAUUUGACUGUAUACUUUAAAGAUUACACCACUGUUCGGGCAGUACUUGACUGUACUGAGAUUCCACUACAAAGGCCCAAGGACAUGGAAUCUCAGUUGCUGACAUAUAGUUGGUAUAAGGGCACAUAUACAGCUAAAAUUCUUGUCUGUGAGACUCCAGGAGGACUCAUCAGCUAUGUCAGCCAAGCCUACGGAGGAAGGGCAUCCGAUUCCUUCAUAACUAAAGAAUCUAAAGUGCUGGAGAAGUUCCUACCUUCCAUAGACAGUGUUAUGGUAGAUAAGGGUUUUCUGAUUGACAAAUUAUGCCUUGAACAUCACGUUACAAUGGUACGUCCACCUUUCUUAAGGAACAAAAAGCAGCUUUCAAAAGGUGAUGCCGAAAGGAAUCAAAACAUUGCUGCAGCACGAGUUCACGUGGAAAGGGCAAUCCAACGAAUGAAAUUAUUCAAGAUUUUGGAUGGAAACAUAGGAAUAGAGCUUUUUCCUUUUAUUGAUGACAUUGUGCAGAUCAUAGCUGGAAUUGUUAACCUUUCUAGGCCAAUCUUCAAUGAUGACAAGUUUUUAAAUUAGGAAAUUAUUUUUUAAGAUAGCAGAAUGCACAACAGAGAAGCCACAUAAACAAGCUGUCAUUUAUUUUUGGUCAUUAUUCGCACUGUACAGAGAAUCUGUAGAUGCCCAUGUUCUUACAUUUGCAAACAGUGGUUUAAAUGUAAACACAAACAUGCAUGAAAACACUUUUUCAAUGUAAAAAUGCUACCUAUACAACCAUUUUGUUGCAGAUUACUCAUGAUGGAGCUCAAUAGUGCCAUCACAAUGAAUGUAAUGUCAUCCUUACAGUCUCCACCUUUGUGAUCAAUUUUCUGUUCAAGGUUAAAAGUAACUGUUACAUCUUAUGCCUUAUAAUGAGUUAUGUACGGGACGACAUAAGACUUAAAAAAAUAUAGAGCUCGCUCGACAACAUUGCUAAAAAAGCCUUCAUCAAAAUCAAAAGUUAGCAGCAAGGCAUUUUCGCUGUCCUGGAAAACAAAAAAAUCAGCUUUCUCUACUCCCAAAACUCCCAUUUGAACUUGUAUUUGGCAGAAGUAUCUACUUGUUUUUUUAAGGGUGAAAUUGCCAUUGCUUAGUUUUGUGAGCUCCUUUGUCCGAAACCUUUCCAAAUUAACUGGGCAUUUCACUUCUAGCACUCUGGCAACACAGCAGUUGCAGGUUACAAGUCCAUCUGGACUUGCUCCAAUACAAGGGUGUUCUUUGAAAAUUACAAGGCCCAUGCUUUCUAGUUUUACAUUUUGGUGUGUUGUUGUGGCUAAGUAGAAGUCCUUUGCUGUUCUUUCAAGCACGAUUCCUCUUGACAUAGCUGGAGUUUGCACUGUUUGUUCCCUCAACACUGACUUAAGCAGUGAGCGCACGUCAUGGGGGCCCAUUUUUGUUUUUAGUGUAUGCACA